CGCCGAGACGCCGACCAUGGAUUCGCUCAAGAAGGGUGCUCCAGAGAGAUGGAGAUUGUUAAAGGCUCAUGGCACAGCAGUGGGACUGCCUACGGAUGAUGACAUGGGUAACAGUGAGGUUGGUCACAAUGCACUAGGUGCAGGGAGAAUUUAUGCCCAGGGUGCUAAGCUAGUUGAUCUUGCACUUGCCUCUGGAAAAAUAUAUGAAGGAGAAGGCUUUAAAUACAUUCAAGAAUGUUUUGAUCAAGGUACUUUGCAUCUCAUUGGUUUGUUGAGUGAUGGGGGUGUCCACUCACGGCUUGAUCAGCUGCAGUUGCUACUUAAAGGAGCUAGUGAGCAUGGUGCCAAAAGAAUCCGUGUCCAUAUCCUUACUGAUGGUCGUGACGUUUUGGAUGGUACCAGUGUAGGCUUUGUAGAAAUGCUAGAGAAUGACCUUUCAAAGUUAUGGGAGGAAGGUAUUGAUGCACAAAUUGCAUCUGGUGGGGGUAGGAUGUAUGUUACCAUGGACCGCUAUGAGAAUGACUGGGAGGUUGUUAAGCGCGGCUGGGAUGCUCAGGUUCUGGGUGAAGCACCAUACAAGUUUCGAAGUGCUCUUGAAGCAGUGAAAAAGCUGAGGGAAGAUCCCAAAGCCAAUGACCAGUACUUGCCCCCUUUUGUUAUAGUUGAUGAGAGUGGCAAGGCGGUUGGACCUAUUGUGGAUGGUGAUGCUGUCGUGACAUUCAACUUCCGAGCAGAUCGUAUGGUUAUGAUUGCUAAAGCUCUAGAGUAUGAGAAUUUUGACAAAUUUGAUCGUGUACAGUUCCCAAAGAUUCAUUAUGCUGGAAUGCUUCAGUAUGAUGGUGAAUUAAAGCUUCCAAGCCACUAUCUUGUUUCUCCUCCAGAGAUUGAGAGGACAUCUGGUGAAUACUUAGUGCACAAUGGCAUCCGUACUUUUGCUUGCAGUGAGACUGUCAAAUUUGGUCAUGUCACCUUUUUCUGGAAUGGAAACCGGUCGGGAUACUUUGAUCCAAACAUGGAAGAAUAUGUAGAAAUUCCAAGUGAUACUGGGAUCUCAUUCAAUGUUCAACCAAAGAUGAAGGCCUUAGAAAUUGCUGAAAAGGCUACGGAUGCUAUCCUAAGCCACAAGUUCCACCAGGUCCGUGUCAACCUACCUAAUGGAGAUAUGGUGGGCCAUACUGGUGACAUUGAAGCCACCAUUGUGGGUUGCAAGGCUGCUGAUGAAGCUGUGAAGAUGAUACUGGAUGCUGUUGAGCAAGUGGGUGGCAUCUAUGUUGUCACUGCUGAUCAUGGGAAUGCAGAAGACAUGGUAAAAAGGAACAAAUCUGGCCAACCACAACUCAACAAAAAUGGAAACAUUCAAAUCCUUACUUCCCAUACACUUCAACCAGUUCCCAUUGCCAUUGGAGGUCCUGGGCUUGCUCCAGGUGUCAGAUUCCGACAGGAUUUGCCCACUGCUGGUCUUGCCAAUGUUGCUGCUACCGUGAUGAAUCUCCAUGGUUUCGAGGCACCCAGUGAGUAUGAAUCAACCCUCGUUGAAGUCGUUGACAGCUGAAACGAACAUCCAGUGCCUUACUGUGAACCUCAUGGCGAUUGUCAGCAUGUGUUAAUUGCAAUGAAUAUUUUGUCCACUUCCAACUUAAAAAAUGCAUCGUCAUUUGUUUCAUGACAACCGCACAUACAUGCAACUGGUAUCUCUUUCUUUUUCCUUGUAAAUGGUUGAGAUGUGUAAUCUUAAACAGGCCUUGUGGUAAAUCUUAUUUGGCAUUCCUUUGCUUUGAAAUCCAAAUGCUCCUGAUGUAUUGCGAACUUCA